UAUUCAUUGAAAAGAAGAGGGAAGUUUGGAAAUAAACCCCGCCUAUCCCACGGCAGGAAACUUUAGUUGCAGCAAUUUGGUUAGGCCGAGAGAGGAUACUGUGUUGUAGCGUUAUCCCGGUCUACCGCCCACUUUAUUUCCGGUUCUUUACUUCGUGUGAACUGUGUACGCCAGUUUACGGGCCAAGGGCGAAAAUAAUACAACAUGACAAGAACAUCAACAAAAUGACAGGCUGAAUAAAUGUAUAGCUUGGACGUAGAAUCGGACUAAAGUAAUAUCGGAAACACGUAACGAAUAGAGCUAGCUAGCUCCCUCUCGCCGCCACCUAUGUCCUGAGUGCUCGCCCUCCCUCACCGAUAACGCCAAUUCGGAGCACCCCGUUUCGUGCGCUCCGUCUUGAAGUGGGAACGCCUGGAACCGAAUUGCUGACUGUCGACUCGAGUAGCUGUGUCACCGGGUAGGGAAAUUGUACCACGUGCCGAGCCAACAGUGGCUUGUAUCUAGACAAACGGACCCAGUGCUAAUACUACAUGCGUGGACCUAGAGUGACACAAGGAGAUCAUGAUCACGUGUGAUUGCUGGUACUAGGCGGGCACGUAAGUAGCUCACUAAAAGCAAAGACAGACUUUCAACUUGGAGUGAAACGAGUUCUGCUUGUCAAUUAUAUUCCUGGGGUGUUUGAGUUCCAUACCGGUUGCGCUGGUUAGGUUGAGUUUACGUUCAACAAGUCUGUUGACUCUAAUAGUGUUCUGUUCUGGUGUUAGGGUUAGGGAUAGUAUGUUUACGCGUUGUCAUUUUAAACCGGGCAAACUUUAGUCUCUACAGCUAUAGACAGUAUAAACACCCUGAACGGGCUGACCCGCCAGUGGGCAUUACAACAGUCACACUCAGUGACCCAGAAACUCCCCCAAAAAGAACUUUAAGCAGCCAUGUGGACAUAAAUACACUCGGGACAUAGGUACACCCGGGACAUAGGGACACCCGGCAGGAUGGACGUCGAGGAGCCUCCCGCCGAGCCGCCGCUGCAGCCGACCCGGCUGUACGUGAAGCGCUGGUUCAUCGUGCUGCUGUUCAGCUCCUACUCGCUGUGCAACUCGUACCAAUGGAUCCAAUACGGCAUCAUCAGCAACAUCUUCAUGCGCUACUACGACGUGAGCACCUUCACCAUCGACUGGAUGUCCAUGAUCUACAUGCUGACCUACAUCCCCUUCAUCUUCCCGGUCACCUGGCUCUUGGAUAAGAAGGGGCUCCGGGUGGUCGCGCUGGUCGCCACGGCGCUGAACUGCGCGGGCACCUGGAUCAAGGUGCUGAGCGUGCGGCCGGACCUCUUCGCCGUCACCUUUCUCGGGCAGUUCUGCUGCUCAUGCGCGCAGGUGUUCAUCCUGGGCAUGCCGUCAACCAUCGCAUCCGUGUGGUUCGGCUCCGAGGAGGUGUCCACCGCCUGUUCAAUAGGAGUGUUCGGCAAUCAGCUGGGCAUCGCCAUCGGGUUCCUGCUGCCGCCCAUCCUGGUUCCCAACGUGGAGGACAUGGACGAGCUGGCUGGGCACAUCCGCAACAUGUUCUACAUCACGGCCGGUGUGGCCACCUUCCUCUUCAUACUGGUCAUCAUUGUGUUCCAGGAGCGUCCGGAGCUGCCCCCGACCCAGGCCCAGGCCCGGGCGCGUAGCCUCCCCCCGGAGCAGUACUCCUACCUGGCCUCCAUCCUCCGCCUGGUGCGGAACCGGCCCUUCAUGCUGCUCGUCGUCACCUACGGGCUGAACGUUGGCUGUUUCUACGCAGUCGGCACCCUCCUCAACCGGAUGAUCAUCAUCCACUACCCUGGUGAAGAGGUGAAUGCUGGGAGAAUCGGACUUACCAUCGUGAUCGCCGGCAUGGUGGGGUCUCUGAUCUGUGGCAUCUGGCUGGACAAAACCAAGACAUACAAGCAGACGACUCUGGUGGUGUACUUCAUGUCUCUGGUGGGGAUGGUCGUAUACACCUCAACCCUUAGUCUGGGCCACCUAUGGGUGGUCUUCGUCACGGCCGGAUCUCUCGGGUUCUUCAUGACGGGGUACCUCCCGCUGGGCUUUGAGUUCGCCGUGGAGCUGACGUACCCCGAGUCAGAGGGCACCUCCUCCGGGCUGCUCAACUGUUCCGCACAGGUGUUCGGGAUCAUAUUCACGAUAUGCCAGGGGAAGAUCAUCGACACUUACGGCACGCUGCCGGGAAACAUCUUCCUCUGCGUGUUCCUGCUGAUCGGCGCCGGACUGACGGCUCUGAUCAAAUCAGAUCUUCGUCGACAAAAAGCCAACAAGCUGGUCAAAAUAGCAGCCGCAGCAGCGAUGACAGACCCGGGCAAGGAGUGCAGGGCCGUCACCCCAAUGAUCCAGCCGCAGAGCGUCCCGCCUCCUUCUUGAGAUUGACCAAUCAACCGCCAUCGCACCCGCCCCCACCCCUCACCCCCCCCCCCACCCUUUCACUUCCAAAACCAAGCAAACACUUGUUGGGUUCGACAAAAACUAAAAUCGAACCAAAUCCUAGCGCGACCCGCGGACGAGCGAAGGUAGGUCACGGCUGAGGCACACCGACUAUUCACACCACCCAACCCAACCCCGCCCUCACCCCCAAUCCCAUCACGCUACUGGUAAUCAGCACGCUGGACACACACACACACACACACACACACACACACACACACACACACACACACACACACACACACACACACACACACACACACACACACACACACACACACACCUGCCUGUUGGAUGUCCUGCCCAUCCCACUAACUCUUCCUUUCUCCUCUUCCAUCGAUGAUUCACGUUCCUGCGUUGUAUUUUCGUACGAUCACGGACGUGUUACCUACUUUAGGAUGUGGAGAUUCGUCCGAGCGAACUAUUGGUACACAGUGUGUCAAACCGACCAGCAUUUUAAGUUGAUAUUUCUAUGUGGAUUCUAAGUGGUUGUUCAACUUUUUUACACAUCUGCUGUUUUUAUUGUCAUUCCACACUGAUUGUACUGUAUUUUGCUCUUUGGGUUUACAGUAUCAGUGACAUAGUCAGUCUUCAAAUAAUAAGUAGGUAAUAUAAGAGUAAUGUAUUUUUAACAUCAGGGAUGGUUGAUUAUUACAUGUCCUUGAGUAUUCCGUGUAUUUUGAAUGCAAUAUCCUCCCCGAAGCUUUAAAAAACCCGUCCUAGGACUGCCACCUGGUGGUUGGUGUGUGUAUGUUCAACUGAACGGUCACUCACCGAAACGACCGGUCAUGGAUGUCAGUUGGAUAAAAUGACACACGGUUACCAGUACAGUUCUUUCAAUGUAUAUUCAUAGAAUAUCAACAUAACAUUUGGGAAUAUGCAGGAAGAACACUUUUGUAAAGAAAAUGGCUAUCAAAGGCUAUAUUUUAUUGACUACUAUUGACGAAAAAAUAACAUUGUUGUUACUUGACAGGAUCCUGACUCUGUGACUGGCACACCUUCAACAACCAUUUUGAGGGAAUUCAAGUGUUAAACACACACACACACACACACACACACACACACACACACACACACACACACACACACACACACACACACACACACACACACACACACACACACACACACACACACACACACACACGAUCAUUUUAUGAUCAAACAGAAUGUGAAAGUAAAUUAAGAUGACUGAAUUCAAAAAGUGUUAAACAUUAAUUUAUACCUAUAUCAAAGGUUUCUAAUUAACAUUGUAUAAACACAUAGUUUGUUAAUCUUUCUUGUACUUGGUAUGUUUUGUAUCGAAUCUCAACCACAGAAAUCACAAAAUCAUUGCACUCUGGAUAAUGACAGUGCCUAAAUAUUUUUUGUCUGUACAAUUCAAUGUCUUUCUAUACGUAACUUCUAUCACUUUAAAAUGUGUUCAAAACGAUAUUGGGAAACCAUACAGCAGAAAUGAAAUUGUGUAGGUUAUUUCUUAAUGACUUAACAGUUAUUUUAUUAUUUUUGUGAGAGAAAAAGAUUAAUUUGUUGUAAUAAUCUGCUAUUAUUGUGGUUUGUAUGUUUUUACAUUUUAAAAAUGCCUUAAAAGAGCAACAGAUCUGUGAAAUAUGAAAAAUAUGCUUAGUUGUAUCUUCAAUCAUGGCUGUCUACUUCGAAGUCUCUGUGAGUCUUCCAAACCAUGCCAUAUCUUUGGAAACAUGACAUUAAACAUGUUGAACUGGGAUGAAAAUAAUUUCAUAAGUGGUGAAGAUAUCACAUACAAUACCAUCGUAUCAAAAUGCAGUUAAUAGUAAUCUGUAUUUAACGCAACAAUGGCUGCCGCACGUAGGCCUACGUUUGUAUGAGCGCAGCUCAUGUGAACGUGUGUGUGCACAAUUUAACCACACAUGCCUGGAUUAAAUUUGGUUUGUUCAUGAAUAACAAUUUGUUGUUAAAUAUUUUGAGCUCCUCUUUUUAAUAAAGUAACCUAUAAGUAAACGUU